AUGACUCAGAGUCCUGGAGUUAUUGUCGCCAUUGUAGCCUCAGUGUCAGCGGUUGUUGCUGUGUCAGGAGUUGUCUUGGGACUUAUCUUCAGAGAGAAAAAGCCUAAGAAGACUCUUAUUGAUAAUGACACUAAAAUAAGUCUACGUGUGGUAGACAGAAAUUUCAUCACGCAUGAUACUAUCCGUCUGAAGUUGGGUUUGCCCACAACUGAUCAUGUUUUGGGACUGCCUGUCGGUAACCAUGUAUAUUUCAGUGCCAAAAUAAAUGGGAAUUUGGUUGUCCGACCAUAUACACCUAUCUCACUGGACACUCAGAAAGGAUAUGCUGACUUCGUCAUAAAGGUUUACAAAGCAAAUGUUAAUCCUAGAUAUCCUAAUGGUGGGGUAAUGUCACAAUAUGUUGCCAAUGUUCCUAUAAACGGAUUUAUUGAUGUCCGUGGUCCAUCUGGAAAUUUAGAAUAUAAAGGAUGUGGUUUAUUCCAUAUUAAACCAGAUGCACGUAGUGCACCGAAUCCUGUGAAAGUCAAGCGUGUGAAUAUGGUUUGUGGUGGUUCUGGUAUUACACCAAUGUUCCAACUUUUGUCGUAUAUUCUUGAAUCUAAGAAUGAUACAACUCAAAUAGCUAUGGUCUUUGCCAAUGUGACUGAAAAAGAUAUAAUUCUGCGUGAUGAACUGGAAGGCCUGCAAGACAAAUAUCCUAAUCAUUUCCGUCUAUGGUAUACCGUGAGCGAAGAACCUGAACGUUGGUCGUACAGUACCGGUUAUAUAAAUGAGAAAAUGUUACAAGAGCAUAUCUAUCCAUCAAGUGAAGAUACACUUACGCUUCUCUGUGGACCUCCACCAAUGAUUGAAUUGGCCUGUUUACCAUCAUUGAACAAGUUGAAUUAUCCUAGAUCUCUAAUUUAUGUAUUCUAAAGCACCGCUAUAAGGUAUUAUCGCUUCUCUCUCUCUCUCGCGCGCCCUCCCACUCUCUCUGACUUUUCACUUUCCCCUUUGACUUCUAGCCCAUCAGUUAAAGGUGAUAUCAUAUAUCUCAUUCGUCUAUCUGUCUAUUGCUGCGUGUAUGUGUGUGGGUGAGUGAGUAACGGGAGGUGGGGAUUAUGUUUGAUCUGAGUUUUCAUACUUAUACAUUCAUUUGUUUAUUAACUAUUAGUAGCGUAGUGUUGAAACCAUAUCACACCAAUGAAUUAUGAAGCCUUAUUCUUCUUCUUAUUUGUCAUUUUCAUUAUUGCUUAUUAUUAUUAUUGGUAAUAAUCAUGAUUUUUUUGUUUAAUUGAUUCAUCAUAUACACAUGUAUGCAUGCAUGCAUGUAUGUAUGUUCAAAUAUACUACUG